AUGCCUUCUACGUUGCUUCCCCUAGGGGCAACCAAACGCCUGCUCAACACCGAAACCUUGGCACUCCACUUCGACUCUGAUCCAGAAUUCCUCGCGGAUCCUCGAUAUGCAAUCCUCUCGCAUCGCUGGUCUCCUGAAGAAAUAACGUUCGACAGCAUCGACUCUCUGCCUCUGAUUGAAAGGGAGCACACAAGCCCUUCAGUUACCAAAAUUCACRGAGCCUGCCAGAAAGCCUUGGACUUGGGCAUWUCUUUCAUCUGGAUAGAUUCCUGCUGCAUCAGCCGAUCAAAUCCUGCUGAAUUGAGUACUUCCAUCAACUCCAUGUUCAAGUGGUAUCGCAAAGCCGAAGUCUGCAUAACGUAUCUAUCGGACGUCUCCUUUGUAGACAACAAAGAAGCAUCAUCAGAGGAUGAGAGUUCACAACUAUUCACGUCUCUGGAUCGUCCUGGCCAUGCCUCCGAAUGGUUCUCCCGAGGCUGGACCCUCCAAGAGCUCCUGGCACCCACCAAGAUGACAUUCUUCGACAGAGACUGGAACUCCAUCGGCACCCGUCCGAACCUCGCCAAGACCCUUUCGAACGUGACAGGAAUCCCCAUCCACUUCCUCAACGGCCAGCAAGAUUUCCGCAAAGCCAGCGUGGCCAGUAAACUGAGCUGGCAAUCUCGUCGUCAAACCAGUAGAAUCGAAGACAUGGCCUAUAGCAUGCUCGGAAUACUCGGUAUCAGAAUGGAAAUUAGCUACGGCAGAGGCGCGAAUGCAUUCAUGGAUCUCCAGCUCGAACUCCUCAAAGUCUCCACCGACGAGUCGCUGUUCGCCUGGACUGCUCCAACGGAAGGACUACCGUAUCCCGUGCAUCCUGCUCCAGAUUGGAAGGACGACGAAUGGGGGCUCUUGGCCCCUUCUCCAUCAUGCUUCGUGCAUAGCGGGGACAUUGUGCCUGGAGAAGGGUUGUAUAGAACUGGAGGUGGGAAUCGAGGGUUCUCCAAUAGUGACGAUCGAGUAAACGAGCAAGGGUACACAAUAGGAAGCUAUCAUUUCUCCCAAGGAUCCCUCCGAUUUCCCAUCCCGAGCGGAGAUUUCAAUUCUACGAAAAACACACUCCUUUUGAGUCUCUUAUUCGUAUGCUGUCCGUGUAUCGGAUGA